CCCCUCUUCUUGUGUGUAUUCUGAUAUCUGAAUGGAUAGCGGAGAGCUUGACGUCAUGUACCAUUUGCAUAGAGCUCAGAUUUGCCUGCCUUUGCAGUUCUGUGGCUGCACACGUGUCUUGUGUCUCAGCUGUGUGUUGCUGGUAUGAUUCACAAUCGUGGAGGCUAUCACAGGAUGAUUGCUUAAGAUCUUAGGCAUUUUAGAAGAGUAUGGCAAGAAGCUUACUUUAAAGAUUGUGACCUUUGACCGCCGGGGGGGGGAGGUCAAGGGAUGAAAAUUAUAACCUUCCAUGUCUGAAAGGAUUUUGUAGAUUUAGUUUCCUUUCUUCACAUUCUUUCAAACAAGUGUGUUGAACCAGAGCAUGGAAAUAAAGGGCUAAAGCUAAAGGGAGCCCUGCAAACAAUUCAUACCCCCCCAAUUUUCUCAAGAAUUUACCAUGUCAUUGUUUAUUAUAAUGACAAGAAGCAGGGAAUCUUACCCUUACCCUCAAAAGAAAAAUAUUUACAUGCUUUUUUGCUUUGUCUUUCUUCAGAGUCAGAGGUUUUAGUUCAGAUUUUCUAACCUAGAAUAUAGAGAGUAGAGUAUAGAAGUAUAACUCCAGAAAGAAAAAAAAAAAGCCCCAUGUACUGGAAACCUUCCUUGUAACUUUAAUUCUAAUGUGUUUCCUUUUAAUUUUUAAAAUCUCAGUUUAAGAUUAUAGAGUAUUUUCCCUUAAAUGUUCCCAUCAUAGUUUUCAGAGAAGCAUGCCAGGCAGUAUUAACUAAAGAAAAUAAGUCUAUCAGUUCCACUUAGAUAACCUUUGGUAAUAAACGAACUCCAUGCACGCUGUGACCUUAGAGCCUGAACUUUGUAAUCACAUGACCAGCUUGUAAACUGACCUGUGAGGAUGACUGUCGGUAGUGGCUUAGAGAAAGAAAUUGACCAAGUGUCGGAAGGGUGGUCAUCAGGCUGGACUUGUCUUGCAAUCUCAGUUUCUUCAUGGCUGCAAUAGAACUUCUCAGCAGACCCCGAGCAGCACGAAAUGGAGACAUGGGAAGUUUCUGUUCCAGAUGAUCGGGCUGAACAACGAACCUGUCUUAUUUGUGGGGACCGUGCUACAGGCUUGCACUAUGGGAUCAUCUCCUGUGAGGGCUGCAAAGGCUUUUUCAAGAGGAGCAUUUGCAACAAACGGGUGUACCGGUGCAGUCGUGACAAGAACUGUGUCAUGUCUCGGAAGCAGAGGAACAGAUGCCAGUACUGUCGCCUACUCAAAUGCCUCCAGAUGGGGAUGAACCGGAAAGCUAUCAGAGAAGAUGGCAUGCCUGGAGGCCGGAAUAAGAGCAUUGGGCCAGUCCAGAUAUCUGAAGAAGAGAUUGAAAGAAUCAUGUCUGGGCAGGAGUUUGAGGAAGAAGCCAAUCAUUGGAGCAACCAUGGUGACAGUGACCACAGUUCCCCUGGGAAUAGGGCUUCAGAGAGCAACCAGCCCUCACCAGGUUCCACACUAUCAUCCAGUAGGUCUGUGGAACUAAAUGGAUUCAUGACAUUCAGGGAUCAGUAUAUGGGGAUGUCUGUGCCUCCCCAUUAUCAAUAUAUACCACACCUUUUCAGCUAUUCUGGCCACUCACCACUUCUGCCCCAACAAGCUCGCAGCUUGGACCCCCAGUCAUACAGUUUGAUUCACCAACUGAUGUCAGCAGAGGACCUGGAGCCAUUGGGCACGCCCAUGUUGAUUGAAGAUGGAUACGCUGUGACACAGGCUGAGCUGUUUGCCCUGCUUUGCCGCCUGGCUGAUGAGCUGCUCUUUAGGCAGAUUGCCUGGAUCAAGAAGCUGCCUUUCUUCUGCGAGCUCUCAAUCAAGGAUUACACGUGCCUCUUGAGCUCUACGUGGCAGGAGUUAAUCCUGCUAUCGUCCCUCACAGUUUACAGCAAGCAGAUCUUUGGGGAGCUGGCUGAUGUCACUGCCAAGUACUCGCCCUCUGAUGAAGAACUACACAGAUUUAGUGAUGAAGGGGUGGAGGUGAUUGAGCGACUCAUCUACCUCUACCACAAGUUCCAUCAGCUGAAGGUCAGCAAUGAGGAGUACGCAUGCAUGAAAGCAAUUAACUUCCUAAAUCAAGAUAUCAGGGGUCUGACCAGUGCUUCACAGCUGGAACAGUUGAACAAGCGAUAUUGGUACAUUUGCCAGGAUUUCACUGAAUAUAAAUACACACAUCAGCCAAACCGCUUUCCUGAUCUCAUGAUGUGCUUGCCUGAGAUUCGCUAUAUUGCAGGAAAGAUGGUGAAUGUGCCCUUGGAGCAGCUGCCCCUCCUCUUUAAGGUGGUGCUGCACUCCUGCAAGACAAAUGUGGUCAAGGAAUGACCUGUCCCUUUGCCCUCCUCAGGCUGCCCACAGGGGCUUGGGUAGGCAGGACAGGCUCUGGAGAAGAGAGCCAGAAAGACCAAGAUGGAUGCCGUGGAGCCCUGCCUCCAUAGCAAGAAGAGUUUUUGUUUGUUUGUUUGUUUAACCUCAUUUUUCUAUAUAUUUAUUUCACGACAGAGUUGAAUGUAUGGCCUUCAACAUGAUGCACAUGCUUUUGUGUGAAUGCAGCAGAUGCAUUUCCUUGCAGUUUACAGAAUGUGAAGAUGUUUAAUGUUACAGUGUUGUCAUUGUUUAGAGAUAGUUCUUUUGUAUUUUGAGGGAGAGUGUGGGACGAGCUGAGAUUGCUGUUUCCAUGAUGUUGACAAAGACAACUACCUCAAUGGAAGUGGGGGUGUGACCAUCCCUAUUUCUUCCAUGUUUUCUCCACAGACAUACAUUGUCUGUCAGAGAGCAGCUGCCUUUCUCUAGACUUGUCAGGUGAAAGUAUGCCAGAGGGGCGAAGUGGUGGGAAGUGGAAUAGGGCCAGAGAAAGGGGCUAGACAUCCUUUUUCUUUGGAAAGCAUGAAAGUUGAGAGUAGGACCCAGUGGCCAAAUCUAAGGCAGAGAUGUACUUGCACUCAAGGAGUCUUAAAAGCGGAGGCUCUCUUUCACGCCACUGCCAGUAGUAGGUCAGUCUGUAGGUCUUGCCUACAGCUCCCUGAGGACUCACACCUACCUAAUUUCUUUAUUUUUCUUCUUCUUAU